GCAGGUGCACAACUUCACUCAUUACAUUCCCCGUCACUCAUUAUUGCAUUGUCCGAGGCGUUAGGCGCGAGCUCUGUGUUGUAAUGGAAUCGCAGAGCUUGGUAGAAUCACCAUAUCUCAGAUCUCUCAUCGCAGGCGGCGUAGCAGGUACGACCGUAGACAUCUCACUUUAUCCUCUCGAUACCCUCAAGACUCGAUUACAGUCCUCCGCCGGCUUCUGGGCAUCUGGCGGUUUUCGCGGUGUAUACAAUGGCGUAGGCUCUGCAGCAGUCGGCUCCGCGCCAGGAGCCGCAUUGUUCUUUAUGACAUAUGAAGGGACAAAGAGAUAUCUUGCACCCUACGGAACGAGCGCAACGAGCGAAGCGGGUGUGCAUAUGGCAGCAGCAAGCUUGGGAGAAAUCGCAGCAUGUUCCGUGCGGGUACCGACAGAAGUGGUCAAGCAAAGAGCGCAGGCGAAGCAGCAUCCGAGCUCACUGAGCUCGCUGAAGCAUAUCUUGGGACAAAGAGCAACACACGGGCUGCCUCAUGUAUGGCGAGAGCUGUACCGAGGAUGGGGCAUUACGGUCAUGCGUGAGGUGCCCUUCACCAUUAUUCAGUUCCCGCUCUGGGAAGGCCUGAAGAAGUGGUCACUGGCACAGAGACAAGGCCCACGGCCCUCAGAUGUCACAGCUGCGGAGAGCUCGAUAUAUGGCGCUGUUUCAGGAGCUAUCGCUGCUGGACUUACCACUCCUCUUGAUGUGCUCAAGACCAGGAUGAUGCUAUCGAAGGAGCGAGUCAAUGUCUUCGAUAUGACGGCACGUAUCUGGAAGCAGGAAGGAGGUCGUGUAUUCCUCAGUGGCAUCGGACCCAGGACCAUGUGGAUCAGUAUCGGCGGCGCGGUCUUCCUAGGCAGCUACCAAUGGGCAAGUAAUCUACUAGGAGGACGAUGA